GUUUAACAACCGGCUAACUACCAACUUCUCAGCGGCUGUUCCCGACCAAUGUCGCCUGCAACUUCAUAAUGCGAAACGGGCUGCGUAUAGAUGGCGGAGAGCAAUGACUGAGGAGUUCGAUGAAGAUGUGGUAUUUGAGAACUCUCCUCUUUUCCAGUACCUGCACGAUCUAGGGCACACUGACUUCGAGGCAUGUCCAACGGCAUCACAGGAGGAGGAGUAUGGCGGACAAGAGGGAGACCUCCCCUCUCCUGACGAAGGGCGGCAGAAAACUUCAAGAGGACGGUUAUGGAGUUUGGCUGAGGCACUGUGGAGAUGGAGCCCGAUUCACCAGGCGGCUGCCUCUCAUAAGCUGGAGCAGCAACUGGACUGUGUGUUCGGCCAGUACUCGGUGAGGUGCAUUCUGGACCAGGACGUUCUGCUGCAGGAGGAUGUGGAGCUGAUCGAGCUGUUAGACCCGAGCCUGCUCACCCUCGCCUCCUCCCCCUCUGGCUCAUCCAGCCGAGCAAGCACCCUGCCCAGACCGAGCCUCAUCGCCAGGCCCUCCCUAUGGGACAUGGCGGGGCUGGUUGGCCUGGCCGCAGUGCUGCUGGGUCUCUGCUCUGUGUCUGAGGGCCUCUGGUCUCUGGCUGCGGCCCCAUGGGGCCUGGGCCUGCUGGGCUGGGUGGGGCUGAGGGGGAUCACGCUGUGGAGACUGGGCCGCAUGCAGAGGACCGUCCAUUCCAGGGCCACGCAGCUCCAGACUCUGGUCCACAACAGCAAGACUCUGACCGGCCUGUCUCGCAAAGCCCUGCGUCUGGUGCAGGAGACCGAGGUCAUCUACAGAGGGUUCACCCUUUUGCUCGACAGGGUGAGUGCGGCCAGCUCCUUUAGCAGGGCGGGGCUGGGGGCGGUGCCACGCGGCCAGCAGCUGAUUGGACUGAGGAAGGCCCUGUACCGUGCGCUCCGCUCGGCCUUCAGAGCCUCACGCAGAGCCACCUGUCACAUGCUCAAGGCGUUUCCUCUGAACUCCGAGAUCGAUAAUGUGACCAACUAUGUGUCUGCCGUGCCGCUGAAGGAGCUCGGGCUCGGCCUGGGAAUCGAGCACCUGGGCGAUGAGCAGGCCCAGGAGCUGACAGACGACUACAGCCUGCCUGCCCUGAAGAUGCUGUUCCAGCUGUGGGUAGGACAGAGCUCUGAAUGUUUCCGUCGACUGGCCCUUCUGCUGUCACCAAGCCAACUAGAGGAGCCAGAGGAGGGCGCGCUCAAAGGAGAGACCUCCCCUCCUCCUCUGCCUCCGCUGCACCGGUCCAUCUCCGCAGUCACCGAGCCGCUCCAUCACGCUCUGGCCAGCUGCCUCGGCGAAGUGCAGCGCAGCUACGACUUCCACCGACACUUUGAAACCCAGCCAAGGACUACGGGCUCCGACAGGACCGGACGGGCCAGGGAGAAAUGCCGAGAGCUCAACACCCUGCACACAUCCAUCCGAAGCCUGCAGCUGCACCUCAAGGCCCUGCUCAGCGAGAUGAUCAUCCUGGAGGACGACCUGGAGAAACUGAUGGUGUCCAAGGAACUGACAGAGCUGUCGUGCGAGGGCUACCAGGACCUCAGCGACCGGCUGCACCAGCUGCAGCCGCACAUGCAGGCCAGCAGCGGCUGCUGGGAGGACACCAUCAGCCAAGUGGAGCGCAUGCUGAGGCGGGCCAAUGCCUGUCCAGGUAAUGCGGAGGGUCUGGAGCAGUGUGGUACUCCUGAGUCCGAGAUCCCUGCUCCUCCUCCAUCAUAUCCCUUGAUCCUGGACAGAGACCCUGUGCCAGAGGAGCUGGAGUGGGAGGCCUACGUGUCGGACUCGGACUCUGACGGCGAAGGCAGGGGGUCCUGGUCUGACACGCUGUCACCGGAGGAACGGGAACGUCAGCGGCGGGAGAGGGAGGAGUCUCGCCGCGUCCUGUCGGAGCUAAAAGCUGUUCUGGGCUUCCGUGCAUCGGAGGGGGAGAGGAUGAAGAGGAAGCAGCUGCUCUUCAACGACCAAGCUGCUGUGGCACCUUCAGCUUGCAGUGAGAAUUUAGAUCCCGCCACCAAACCAUCCGACGCUCCGACUUCUGUAGGCUCAGUAGAAACUGGCGAUGAAGAGGGAAACCACCUAUCGGAGCACUCUGCAGGAAACGGAGGGGAGGAAGGGGAAGGAAAAGAUGGCAGGGUGAGGCCUGACCCCUCCACCGAGCCGGCGAUGGAGUUCAGCUGCGGUCUGGAGGCGAAGGAAGGGGAACUGGGGGGGAGUUCGGUCUGCACUAGAGGAGGAGGGGGCGCGUCGGAGCUGCACCAGUACGAUGGGGUCCUGGAGGAGGGGGAGUCCCAGAACGGUCUGGACUGCUUCCUGAAGCCUAAAGUCCCCGCCGUCUCUGUGAUGGACAGACUGACGGAGAUCCACGGCUCGGAGGCUCUCAGCUUCAGCUCCGCCCUCGCCGCUCAGGUGGCGGCACGCUCGCACUCGCUCAUCAGCAUGGAGGAGCAGACGUUCGGAGACGACGGGGAGGAGGACGAAGAGAAGGAGAGCGACAGACGAACCGCUGAGAAGAACUGAAAUAAGACCCGGCCGCUUUAACCCGAGCACUGAGCAGAGACUGUAUUUAUGUCUGAUUGUCAGGGUGUCUUUUAUCGACGGGUCUGUGUUACAUCUUUACUGUUUCUGGUGUGGAGAUAUUUCCAAUUCACUCUCUAUUAUCCAUCCGUCCAUGUUACUGUUCAUUACCCACAAUUCUUACUGCUCUUUUGCUGUUAAAACUCAGGUACCAGAACCACUAAAACAAAAUACGACCUUACAGUGUUGAGGUCAGAAGACCACCACGUUUACUCGGUGACAUCUGCAUAGUUUAAAGUGUUCACAAUCGCUCAGUAGAUGUGGAAACAAAGAUUGUAUGCAACAAGUGAUUGGCUUCAUACGUAAAAAUGUGUAAUCGGAUUGUUUGAGAAGAAAAUGGUUUUAUUCGCAGCCUUCUUACGUGUCUCUGUAAUCAGAACAGUCAAGUCCAAGUUACCGCCGGGACGUUUCGAGCUGGAGUCGAAAAGGUUGAGAGCAAUUUUCAGAGAUAACAGUUUAAGCAAUUCUCCAAAGGUGUGUUCAGACAGAAGGCAAAUACGGAUGCGGUUAGAUGCAAAUGCACCCGCGUGAUGCAAAGACGGGUCCGCGCAGGUUCAAAACGUUUCAUCGUGAGCGGAUAAUCCAGGCUCAUCCCAGGACUUCAGGAAUCUACUUCAUAAACGUGCAGAGACGAGAGGGAGAGGGAGUUCAGAAUUGAAAUUCGAAUACGUCACGUACACGGUUAAACACAGUACAGUGUUUAGUGAAAAGCCAGAGUUCAGUCAGAGGCUGCGCUGAACAAACACAGACACACUCCCACACAAGGCCGCAACUUCUACUGACGCCCCCCCUCUUAGAUUUUUACAGUUUCAGUUUCAGUUUGAGUCACUCACUAUAAGACCACUCAACCGCUUUUAAACUUUACAAGCAGUAGCAAGUGAUUUGCUUUUGUCCUGGGUUUUGCCUCUCAGGCACCAUACAACCUGCCCUACUUGAGGCCGUUGGGCCUUUAUGGUGACAAAAGAAAUAGAAAAACAUUGAUUGAUUUUCAAAGGCUCGCUGUUGACAUUUGAUAAUCAAAUGGUGGUUUGAAUUUUUUGUCAAACAUUUUUUAUAUAACAACAGUAUUUAUCAAACAGUAUCAGGUCUCUAUCAAAGAAAUUAUUACUGGAUUAGUGCAUUAUAAUACAACGAUUUAUGUGGCUUUUUUGGUACACUAACAUUACGAUGGAGAGCCUGAUAACCAGUUUAAUCAUAAUUUAUUAUUUGUUAGAUGAUAUGAAUUUAUAUAAAUGAAGAAAACCUGUACAUAUGCUUACAACUAACUUCUAACUUCUGUAACUUUACAGUUUGAAGAAGUUUACAGAUACUUUACUUAUAUAAAAGUAGAAAUACUCUGUUACAAAAUUUCAAGUAAGUAAAAAAAAAUGAAUUUGUUGGCAUCAAAAUAUACUUAAUAGUACCGAAGUAAGAGUACUCAUUAUGCAGAAUGGCUCAUUUCAGAAUAAUGGUCGCUAUAUUACUGGAUCGUAUUUAUUAACGCAUUCAUGUGUACAUCGCUUUACUGUUGCAGCUGGUAAAGCUGGGGCUGAUUUUGAUUACUUCAUAUACCGCUGGGUAGAUUGUGAAUUCCCCUCGGGGAUCAAUAAAAGUCUUUCUUUUUAUCUUAACCUAUAAAAUGACAUUAUAAUUAAUUGGUUGGUUAUAUUUUAUGUUAUUAAUCUGAAACUACAGAGUAACUAACGUUACCAGAUAAAUGUAAUGGAGCAGAAGUAUAAAUCAGCAUAAAAUUGAAAUACUCAAGAAAGUAUACAAGUACCUCAAAAUGUUACUUAAAUGCAGUACUUGAGCAAAUGUACUUAGUUACUUUCCACCAUUGUAGUUGUUACUUUGGAUGUUUGGGACGAAUAAACAAAAAGGGUCAAAUUGGUGCGAAUGACACGAGGCGGGAAAUUCACCUUGCUUUCUGUCUGAACACCCCUUACAGCAGAAGGGUGACCAUACACACUCACACACACACAUCAAGUGCAAGAAGAGGAGGUGGAAUGCUAUUUUUACUAUCAGCGCGUUAUUUCUGUCCCGUUUCCUGCGAUCCGACCCUGAUUGGACACAAUGGGCGGGACAGUGAAGUGGACGAAUAGCCGAGCGUACAUUCACAACCCUAUUUGCAGCGACAUACUUGUCUAAGAACAAUUCACAACGACUGAAACAAUCCGGGUUUCUCAGCGUCCGUGUUUACAGGGGCAAACUCAGCGGAAAGGUCGGGGGGGGGGCCUUGUUUUCGACACCGAGUUGUGUGGCAUGAAUUUAAUGAACCGUGCUGCUGUGAGGUUUAAAAAUCAAAUACCCGUCUGUGUGCGGGUAUGGUAAUAAAAGAGGAGGCUGGUCUUCUCCCAUGCGAGGGCAAUCUGUAACUUUAUGUUCCACAUGAAGUUGCCAUAAGAGUCUGACAGCCCUGAUGUAUGCCUCCACCUUCCCAGUCUUUCUUGUCUCCCUGUCUGCCAUGUCCUGACCCCUCCUGCACCCUCCCCCCGGGGUGAGGUCUUACCCCUCCUGCAUUUUCCAAUGUGAAAUAAAAUACCA